AUGGACUUUAUCAGACAAAGAAGAGUACGAGCUAGAGCCAAUAAUAUCGAUGCUCGGUUGGAGAACAUACUCAGCAACUUACGUGACGAGGAUCUUGCCGAAGAUGUUGCUGCUUUUCACAGAUGCUACCUGCCAAAGGUUGACUAUGGAAGGCUUCUCGGGGCUGCCAAGGUAGCCAAAAAUCCAAAAACAUAUGAGGAUAUUAGCAGAGCUCAAGCGCCAUACAAACCUGGAUUGGUGAAACUCAGCGGCGAAGAGCAAGAAGCACUUAUCAGAGAGCAGGACUCUGCUAUGCCGGAAGCUGGCAUGUUCAUUGUAAUUCUCACUGUCUCACUAGCGGCCUUUCUUCAAGGUCAGGUCCAGUCGUCCAUCAAUAGCGCCUCUCUCUAUGAGGAUUUGUUCGAUAUAUCGGGUAUAAACGCUACAAUCAGGGCUCACAACGGCACAACUUUGACGCACACGCCAAGAGUUGAAGCAAGUGAUUGGAUAUUAGGAGUGAUGAAUGCAACACCAUUUUUAUCUGCUGCUUGCUUUGGAUGUUGGGUUGCUUUACCUCUCAGUGACCGCUUUGGGCGCAAAGGCUCCAUGCAAGUUGCUGCUAUUCUGGUACUCAUCACAUCUGCCAUCUUGGGGGGUGUCCCUGCAAUGAGCGGUGGUUUAAAACGGUGGAAUAUUACAAUCAUACUGCGGAUGUUCAAUGGAUUUGGUAUGGGAAUCAAAGCCGUAAAUACCCCUAUGCUUGCAUCCGAAUGCGCCGUCGGUUAUUGGAGAGGCACCUCUGUUAUGGCUUGGCAGCUAUGGGUUGCUUGCGGUAUCAUGGUCGGUUUUGCAUCCAAUGCGCUCUUCGCCAGGAUCUCAAACUAUCAAACUCAGUUGACAUUGAUACUCGGAGCCCCGCUGCUCCCUGCGCUUAUUCUUUGUGUGGUUUCGCUUGCCUGUCCGGAAAGUCCAAGAUAUUAUCUGAGACGCCGCGAUUACAAUCCGGCGAAGGCUUACAAUAUUCUCAAGGGACUAAGGCGAUCCGAGCUCAUCGCUAUGAGAGACAUUUAUGUCCUGCAUAAGUCAGUCCAGGAGGAGUUUGAAGCUGCAGAACACGGCAAUCCCUCAGAAUUACAACACUCCAGCGUGUUUAUGGGGUUCAAAGACUUUUCAAGCCAAGUGAUCGAACUUUUCCAAAAGCCAAGGCUUCGGAAUGCCCUUAUAAGCACUUCUAUUGUGUCAUUGGCCCAACAACUAUGUGGCAUCAAUAUUCUCGCGUUCUACUCCGGUACCUUAUUUAGCAAUCUCAGCGGAGACCAGCAUACGUCACUAGCCUACAGUAUCGGAUUCGGUGCCGUCAACUUCAUCUUUGGACUCGCUGCUAUCAAGUACAUUGACACCAUUGGUCGACGAAAAUGGUUAAUCACUACUCUGCCCCCAAUGGCUGUACUACUUGUUGCAUCAUCGGCCUCCUCUAAAUGGGCGCUUGGCGGAGGUGAAGAUGAUCAUACUGCAUCAAUAUUGGUGGCAAUUUUCUUAUACAUUCAUGCAGCACUCUACUCGCCUGGUUUAGGACCUGUUCCAUUCACAUUAGCAGCGGAAAGCUUUCCAUUGACACAUCGAGAAGCGGGCUGCGCCUUUGCCAUAUCUAUUAAUCUUUUCUUCGCUGGGCUAUUGAGUCUGUUUUUCCCAAUUGUCCUUUCCAAGAUCAGCUAUCCUGGAACUUUGGCUCUUUUUGCUGGUAUGAGCGUCUUAGCAUUCAUCCUCGUUUUCCUCUUCGUCGAAGAAACGAAGCAGAAGUCCCUUGAGGACUUGGAUUUCGUUUUUGGUGUCCCAAAGACACAGUUCGUACGAUUCCAGGUCUUCAAAUACUUGCCUUGGAUCUUCCAACAAUAUCUACCUUGGUAUUUUAAUGAUUACCUCCCGUAUCUAAUCAGGCUGCGUUUCCUACGACGGAAGGCUACCGACCAGAAAGGCGAUCUAGAGGCAAGAGUACAAACCGAGAAAUCAAUGAUAUUCUGGCAGCGCAAACCCGAUGAACCAAUGCUUUACCAUCAAGAUCUUCCCACCUGUCGCGAACCACUGGACCCCGAUGACCCAUGUUACUAG